UGUCACGUUUCAGCGCGACGCUCAGCUGACAAGCUCGCAUGCGAGCGGACGCAGGCCGAUGUUGGACGUGCGCGCGCUCGGUAGGCUGUGUACGCGCGGGGCUCCCUUGAGUGCCGGAUUGCUCGCACCUCUCGUCGGCUGACCGGGAGCCGCCAUGGAGUGCCGCGUGCUGUCCAUACAGAGUCACGUAGUCCGGGGAUACGUGGGCAACAAGAGCGCCUCUUUCCCCCUACAGGUUUUAGGCUUUGAGGUCGAUUCCAUCAACUCUGUGCAGUUCUCCAACCACACAGGUUACUCUCACUGGAAAGGCCAGGUAUUGACAGCAGACGAGCUCCAUGUGCUCUACGAGGGAAUCAAACUCAACAAUGUUCAUCAUUAUGACUACGUUUUGACAGGAUACACCAGAGACACGUCUUUUCUGGAAAUGGUUGUGGACAUUGUUCAGGAACUGAAGAGAGCUAACCCUAACCUGGUUUAUGUGUGUGACCCUGUCCUUGGUGAUCAUGGAUCUAUGUACGUGCCUCAGAACCUUUAUCCAGUCUACAAGAAUAAAGUGGUUCCUGUCGCAGACAUCAUCACCCCUAACCAGUUUGAAGCUGAGUUAUUGACGGGAAAGAACAUUAGCACACAGAAAGAUGCUGUGGAGGUGAUGGAUCUCCUCCACGCCAUGGGCCCAGACACUGUGGUCAUCACCUCCUCUGAUCUCCCCCCUCGACUGGGAGAUCGUUUCCUGGUGUCUCUGGGCAGCCAGCGUCACGUUCGUCCCGAUGGCAGCCGGACCACGCAAAGAGUUCGGAUAGAAGUUCCCAAAGUAGACGCUGUCUUUGUGGGAACCGGAGAUCUGUUUGCUGCUAUGCUGCUGGCGUGGACACACCACCACCCCAACGAUCUGAAGACGGCCUGUGAAAAGACUUUCUCUGUGAUGCACCAUGUCAUUCAAAGGACCAUAUCAUUUGCUCACGAGUUGGCAGGUCCUGGUCGAAGGCCCAGUCCGCCUCAGCUGGAGCUGAGGAUGGUUCAGAGUAAAGCCGACAUAGAAGACCCCGCCAUAGUCACGGAGGCCACAAUUAUAUCCUAACAUUUCCCAAUUUCCCCAACCCCCUUAUAUCUGUCACAUCUGCUUAACUGUAAAUCACAACUGCCAUCAUAUGAUGUGAACAACUCCUCAGUCAGAGUAGUAACCCCCCUUCCAUCCUAAUACUCCUAAUCCUUUAAGUCCUCAGUGUCUUUUACUAAAGCUCUGCCCCAUGACUCCACAUUGGGGUUAAUUGUUAAUUUGACCCUAAUACUGAGCCACAGACAGACUGGUAGUUUGGUCUGCUUGAACUGAGACUACCAGAUCAAAAGGAGUUUUGAUCUAUUGUAGCAUUUGAUAACCCCCUCCCUCAAACUAUGGAAAGAUUAUCCAGAUUCAGGAUUCUUCCAGAUUUCUGUCUCUUACUCCUCGAUCUGGUCUCGGAUAAGCUGAUAUAUUAAAAACACACAGCUUAGAUGUAAUUUGGCAAGUGAAUAUAACGAAAGAUAAUGUACUCACUAUUUUUAUUUAUUAAAAAAAAAUCACAAUUACAAUAGGAAGUGCCUCAGGAGAAUUAAGGGUUUUCUGAUAUUUUGUAUUCAUAAUAUUAGCUUAUCCUUCCAUCUUCAGCAGUGAUUAAACUCUGUUUAUCUUUGGCUCUCCCACCAUUUUGAUCCCCUAGUUUUACAACGUUGUUUUAAUGGUGACCACGUCUAACCCCCUGACUCCAUCCUGAAAAAAAUGCACACUGUAUAGUUGAUGUAUAGAUGUUGUACUAUAGGUGUAUUGGACCCUCUGUAUCAUAUCUUCUCUUUGAUGUGUCUGUUAGACCAUAAUGCUGCUGCUGUCCUGUAGGCCACACACACACUUCAGUGUGUGCUGGGGUGGGCUGGUGGCUGUGUGCAUCAGUGGCUGACAUCCCCUUCACUUGUUAGUAGGGAUGCACAAUAAUAUCAGCACAAUAUCUGUAUUGGUAGAUAAUUACAAAGACGUGUCUGCAUCAGCUGAUAUGGGCAUUUCCACAAAAAGUCUUUCCGAUAAAGUCCUGCUUUGAUGGCUGCGAUGGCCCUGAACGCAUCACUGCGCUUAAAACAAACUUCAGGCGGGGGGGUUGACAUUUCAGAGAUGGACAAGAAAACUGGCUGUUUGUGAGGAAGCAGUAGAGAGAGACGACUAUGUUGAUUCAAUCUUAGAAAUGCGUUCAUUCUCACUAAGGAGAAACCUGCUGUCACUUCUUUACUCUCAAAAGCCAACAUUUUUGAAAUCUUACUUAAAAGUUAGAAAGUACUGGAACAAUGGAUAUUGACAAAAACAGGAAGACGGGGAACCUGAGCUUCUGAGGCUCCUGAACCACUAAGUCUGACUGCUGUAGCUCUAAGUUUAGUGAACGUUUUUAUAGAUGUGUGUUGCAUGUCACACUCUGCUGUUCCCACUAAAAUGCUUGAAACCAGCUUAAAGAGUCUAGGGGCACCAACCAAAGCCCUAAAGUCUGUCACUGUCCAGAGUCCAGUUCGUGUCAUUUUUGAUGCAACAGCAUUUUGCUAAAGUGAAAAACUCACAGAGCAAAGAAUCCCAGAAUCUGUUCUUUCUUUCAAACAAAGUCCUGGUCUGUGAUUAGUGCAUCAGAUAGAAUAUCUAACUUUUGGGUAUGUCACAUAGAUCCCAGCUUUCGUAAAGUGACAGAUAUGAUCCAGCUGUGCCGUUCUGCCCACUAGAGAGUUCUUCACUGAAACUUAAUUUUAAUAUCAUGAACUGUUUAGGAAGAAUUUCUUUACUUUUGUUUACCUUUAUUUGCCCAGGAAAUAUCCCACUGACAUUAAGAAUCUCCUGGCUAGGAUGAAACAAUAAAUUACAUUUACAAUAAAAAUGUAAACAUUUUAAACAUAAAAUAAAUAAAAAUGACAGCUUAUGUGAAACAAGUACAGUUAAAAAUGACCUUCCACAGUUAAAAAUCUGUGGAGGAAUGAGUUUUAGAUGCAGAGAUGGGGUGUCCCUCCUUAGCUGAUGGAGGGCAUCCUCACAGGGUUUGCUAUGGUGAAGUGCCAAGAUUUCCAAAUUACACUGGAUCCAAACCAGUGUGAAAAAAUAUCUUAUGGAUAAAUUCAGUGUUUUCCAUGUUUACCCUAGAUCUUAUUAAUGUGGGAUUUCAGUAUUCAACGGUGUACUUCUAGUACUUCUCUAUUUAUUUAAAUGAUCUUUACUGCUGGUAUUUAUUCCUUUUUUAAAUCAGAGUCCUUAAUGUUUUGAUAUAAAUCCCAAUUUCUUUUAAAUAACAUGCAAUUGUUGCCAGUGGUCACUGACAAAUCGUCCACUUAAUGCUAGCAGUAAAAAUGCACAAAAACCUUUUUUUUCCCGAAUUUAAGCACAAACUCUUGGGUAAAGGAGGGACAGCUGUAGCUCAGCAGACUUCUGGUCUGUUUUGGUAAACUUGCAAAAUCAUUGUUAACUCUGCUGGAAACAAAGCUGCUUUUGUCAGAUAAGUGGUCAACUUUUGGUUUGGGUUAAACUCUUUACAAAUGACUCCAGAGAGGGUUCCACAGCAGUUUGAGCUCGUUUAUCUGAAGUGUGUCUAGUACUCUCAUGAAGGAGAUCCCUACAUCUCUGAUGUGUUUCAGGGUUUGUGUGUUGGUGCUUCUGUCUUAUUCUUAUUGAGGUCCUUUCUCUCACCAUCUUUGACCCUGUGAGCACAGCAGGAGGCAUUGAUAGGACUUUUAACAGCCAUAAUUACGUAGAUUGUGAUUUCCAGUCACAAGAUGUGUGGUGAGGUUAGGUUAUGGUUAAGGUUAGAUAUACUGGCUUGUUGGUUUUGACUUUGCUCCGUCAAUCUUGACUGAUCAUACUUGAUUCAGGGAAUAAGCAGCAGGAGAGCUGGAACACAUGCAAGGUGGUAGAUGCUGAGGACAAGAAUUAAGCAGCUCUGAUUUUAGACCAUGAAACAUUUACAGCAACAGAACACUUAGUGACAAAUAACUCAAAUUUGUGUUUUAUUGACAUAAAGCACUUUAUGUUUCCAACCACAACAACUAUAUUAUCAUAAUCAUAACUGCAAAUUUACAGUUUUCAAUAAAGUACAUUUGAUCAAUAUGUUGAAACAUGUUUGAUAUUCAACUAUGUUUGUUAGGAGUCAUUUGUUAAGAAAAUAAACUCACGUUAAGUAGUCUUUUGCUUAGUUUGUGCUUAGAUCAAAGCAGAAAUACUUUCAAAAUGAUUGUGACUAAUCAGAAAAAUGUUAAAUUCAUAAUUUGACAACCAAAAUAAUCUCUAAUUGCAGUCCUAGAGUCUCUAAGUUUGGAUCUAGUUUCAUUUCAUGCAAAUGGAAUUUCCAGUGGACUUAAAUCCACCGCAGACCUGGAUUCCUCUGACGGUCCUCUUGGUUCUGCAGGUGUGAAAGCUAACUUAGACUCUGGUUUGGACUCAACAGAACUAUUGUCAUCUUGAGAAUGAGGGUUCUGCACUCUGGUACAGUUCACUUCAGUGUGAACGCUGAGACAUUCCAAAGAGAGGAGGAGAACAAUCGUGGUGUGAUUUAGAAGAAAUGGGAACCAUUUCCAAGUUUGGAAACAUCUGCAGCAUAAGGGUGAUGUGAUGCUUCUUUGCGUUUAUAGGGAGGAUAGUCAGAGGACAUGCUCCUUUCCCUCUUCCAACUUUUUCCUGUCCUGCUCCAAGCUAGUUUUGGACUAUAUUACCCCCAAAUGAGCAGCUCUUGGAACUGAAAGAUUUACAAGGUGGUUCUGUUUGCCUCAGUCUUUGGUUCUCUCCAGACAGCAACUGUGUGCGAAAGCAAACCAAACCGGAUGAAGAGGAUGUUUUUGUUAACAUUUCAGCAGAAUGAUUGUGAUUAAAGAUUUUGCUCUUGAGUGAUUUCAUCUCCUCAUUCACCAAUGAUGAUCUUGGUUGCUAUUUAAUGAGACCCUGCCAUCCCAUGUGUCCUUUCACACACCCCUUCCUCAAAACACUCCUGCCUCCAUCCUCAACUUCAUGGAACUGCUAAGUCCUCCCCUUCCGGGUCAUGGUUGAAACCCCGCCUCCCUGUUUUUGUUUUCUGUCUUAGUGGCCAAAACAAACGAGGAAAUGUAACAAUCAUUGUUUGGUAACUGUAGUGCUUUGUUUUUGGAGCAUUUGAUGUAUUUUUUAACACGUUUAAGAAAGGAUUGUAGUGUACAAAUACACAUUUAUAAAAUAUAAGUGUCUAUAUAUCUAUAUAUAUAUAUAUGAAAUGUAUGUUCAAAUGCAAUAAAAAGACAAGAGAUAUGAAAAUUG